AUGCAUCCUAAGGUUAUUGAGACGUCCUUGGGCGUGGAAAAAGCUCAUGAUGAGUUGGUCGACGACGAGAUUGCUCUUGAAAAGCUCUCGAUGUCAAAAACGUACGAUUAUUCUGGAGCGACAAGCAAGACCGAUCCAGCAGAGAUUGCCCUGGUGAGGAAGCUCGACUGUCGCAUCAUGCCGAUGAUCUGGGCGAUGUAUUUCUUGAAUUAUUUGGACAAAAAUGCGAUUGCCUCAGCACGUCUUAACGGGUUGGAGGACGAUAUCGGCCUCACAGGGUCCCAGUACAACACCUGUAUAUCGAUUCUCUUCGUCGGAUACUUGUUGAUGCAGCUACCAUCUAACAUGCUCAUGGCGUCCAAAAGGAUUCGACCAUCAAUCUACAUGGGCUUCUGCAUGGCCCUAUGGGCUGUAUGCUCGGCAUGUACUGCUUUGGUUCAGAAUUACCAUGGACUUGUGAUCGCUCGGUUCUUUCUGGGAGUUGCUGAAGCGCCUUUUUAUCCGGGUGCACUAUUCCUCCUAUCCAUCUUCUAUACCAGAAAAGAAAUUGCUACUCGUAUUGCAAUUUUGUACACAGCGAACAUUCUCUCUACUGCAUUCUCCGGAUUGAUUGCCGCCGCCAUAUUCUCUACCAUUGACGGAGCGCAUGGAAUAGAAGGCUGGAAAUGGCUGUUUAUCAUUGAAGGAGUCGUCACAUUCGGGAUUGCCAUACUAUCCAUGUGGGCGUUACCAGACCAUCCAUCGUCCACACGCUGGCUUUCGGAGCAAGAGAUGGCAAUAGCUCAAGAGAGAAUUACCAGGGAUACAGUGGAGAAGACGGAAUCUGAAAGUGCGCUGCAGAGCCUCAAAGUCGCAUUUUCCGACCCUCGUCUCUAUCUUUUGGCCUUGAUGCAAAAUCUCCAUCUUUCUUCUGCCGGAUUCAACAACUUCUUCCCCACGGUGGUGGGCACCCUCGGGUUCAACCGCACCGUCACGUUGGUCCUGACAUGUCCGCCAUUUGUAUUUGCAGCAAUCUUUGGGCCCCUCCUUGCGCUCAGCUCUGGGAGAUUCAAUGAGCGGACGUGGCACAUCACCGGUGGAAUGGCUAUGGGAGUGGCGGGCUUUGUUAUAGCAGCGGCGACCCUUAACACGGCUGCUCGGUAUGUCGCCUGUUUUCUGUUCUCAGCUGGCGUCUAUUCCGUCAACUCAUGCAUCCUCGGAUGGGUAUCAGCGACACUCGGACAAACAGCAGAAAAGAAAGCGAUUUCCUUGGGAUUUGUCAACAUUGUGGCCAAUGCUUCUUACAUCUACACUCCAUACUUGUACCCAAGCUCUGACGGUCCGCGCUACCUACCAGCCAUGGGUGCCAAUGCAGGCUUUGGGGCUGGAACCGUUAUUUGUGCGUGGGUAUUGAAGAUCUGGCUGAUGGCUGAGAACAAGAAAUUGAGAGCCAGUUCUGGGGACGGUGGACUUGCCUACGCUUAUUGA